AUGUGUCGUUGGUUCGCAUAUCUGGGCGACGAGCCUCAGCUCCUCGAAGAUGUCGUCAUCCGGCCACGCCACGCCAUAGUCAAGCAGAUCGAUGCGCACUUCCUCCCCGCUGGCCACACAAGAGUGCAGCCGUCUCUCGGAGAGCUCCAAGUCGCUCCACUGGCGGCCAACAACGCGGGCUCGCCAAACGCGCUGACCAACAUGGAUGGGUUCGGUGUGGGGUGGUUCACGUCAUCGGAGUGUGAUUUCAAGCAGUACAGGGACUCCAAGUGGCCCGAGUCGCUUCGGCCUGUCGUUUACAAGAGCAUCCGGCCACCGCUCAAUGAUCUGGUGCUCAAGAGCAUCGUCCGGGGAACCAGCAGCAACGCCGUGCUCGCCCACAUUCGCGCGGCUCCGGGCCUGACGCCCGUGGUCGAGACCAAUUGCCACCCAAUACGAACAGCGAUAUUGCAGUACCUCCCACUGGAGUACCAGCAGGCCAUCGUCGGGACCACGGACGCCGAGCAUAUUGCCGCCGUAUACUUUUUCAUCUUGUGUGGCAAAGACGGCAACUGGGAGUUGGUGUACGAUGCCAAAGAUAUGGCGGUGGCCAUGAGGGAGACGAUUGUGCUGCUGGAAAAGAUGCAAACCGAGUUCAGGCCGGCGGAGCGGGAGUUUAACACGCUGAACCUCGUAACCAUGUCCGGUAGCUCGCUAUUGGCGGUGCGUUACGGCAGCCCGAAGGGUCUGCAGCCGCCCAGCCUGUACUAUUCGACGACGGCCGGGGCGACGCUCAAUCGCAAAUACAAGGGGUUCCCAAGCGAUAUUAGCGGCUCGGGGGACGGCGAUGCCGAGGAAGACGGCCGGCUGGAGAAGACAAGCCACGGAAAGCACGUAGUGGUGGCCAGCGAACCGAGCACCUUCAAUGAGAGCGAAUGGGAGCUCGUAGAGCCGUCGCAGAUGGUGGUGGCUGAUAUCUCGACCGGGGUCCAUGUCGAGCAUUUGUAA